AUGAACUGUGCACGAGUGCCGUUGGUGAUUUUUGGAUGUCUCGCGUUGUUUGUUUUGGUUCAAGUGCCUGUCGCUUCUGCUGUGGAUGAUGCAAAUGCUACCGCCAGUAUGGUGGAUCUAUGCACUGCCAUGAGAGGAAUGCCUGGAUGUACCCUCAAAAAACUCUGUGAUGCAAAUCCAAACGCAUUGCCUGAUCCUUACUGCCAACCCAUAUCUCUGGUGGGUUCUGUCUGUCUUACUGAUAUGCCUCGCAUGUCGGGCUGCAAGUCAUAUGUCGCGACAUGUACUGGCAACAAUACAUGUCAAACUCUCUAUCCUGCACCUUCGCAAUUGCCUACUACUGCAACGGUGGCUCAGGAAAUCACCUCUAUCUGCACUGAGAUGACCAUGAACGGUUGCUCUGAAUGCGGUACCUUGUCUCCAAGGUCUCGAUAUUAUGAUGAUUGUGAUAUGAUGGACGUAUAUUCAAGGCUUUGCAAAGCAAUGCCUGGCAUGACUCAGUGCAAAGCUUGGAGUGCCUUCUGUAGUGGUGCUCCUGGCUCUACUAGCUCUUUAUGUAUCGAUGAUGGAACUGGUGAUCCUGCUCCUGGCAUGAUUAUGUACUUUCAUACUGGCAUCGUAGAGUAUAUUCUAUUCAAGAAAUGGGUACCUAGGAAUGUACUUCAAUACGUGUUGUCUAUGCUGGCUCUCUUUUGUUUGGCCGUCUUCUAUGAGUGCUUGCAAGCUAUGCAUGUGGUACUUGACAUGUAUCUGGGUCGCAGGAUUCCAUCUAAGAACAGUAACGGAGUAUACGAUGCUCCAGACCCUGACUCUCCUGCAGACAGUCAAGCCCCAUUGACCCCAUCUCAACCAUCUCGCUCUCGAUUUGGUACCUUCCCUGCCUCAGCAGCACCAGCAUCAGCAGAAGUAUAUGCCAAACAGCCAUCCUGGACCACUGGAUGGGGCCCAACUCUCAUUCGAGGAUCCUUACGUAUGGUUAUGGCUACCUUGUCUUAUGCUCUCAUGUUGGUAACCAUGACUUAUAAUGUCGGGUUAUUCUUCUCUGUCGUCGUUGGGUUGGGAGUUGGCUCGAUGCUUGCUGCACCCAUCACGAAAUCGGCUGAAAAGGCUAUGGUGGCUUCUGGUGCCAUUGUUGGCACUGUUCACAAUUGGGAAACUUGUUGUUGA